CUUUAUGUAGUGUCCAUAGAAGCAAGGAAAACUUUCACAAAAGCUAUCACACAGUUGCCUUUACAGUCUGCAAAGAAAGUCCUCCUAUAAGUGAUGUCCCAGAUGAUGUAGAUGAGCCUAUGCCUGUACCUGAGGACCUUUCAACCAGUACUGGAGGACAGCAGAAUUCUAAAAAUGAAAGAGCUUUGGCCAGUAAUAUUAAAAUAGAGACUCAGAGUGAUGAAGAGAAUGGGCGUGCCUGUGAAUUGAAUGGGGAAGAAUGUGCGGAGGAUUUACGAAUGCUUGAUGCCUCUGGAGAGAAAAUGAAUGGCUCACACAAUGGCCCAGGCAGCAAAGCUAUGUCAGGAGUUGGAGGCAUUCGACUUCCUAACGGAAAGCUAAAAUGUGAUAUCUGUGGGAUAAUUUGCAUCGGUCCCAAUGUGCUCAUGGUUCACAAACGAAGCCACACUGGGGAACGCCCUUUCCAGUGCAGCCAGUGUGGAGCCUCCUUUACUCAGAAAGGCAACCUCCUCCGUCACAUAAAACUUCACUCAGGUGAAAAGCCCUUCAAAUGCCACUUGUGCAACUAUGCUUGCCGUCGCAGGGAUGCCCUCACUGGUCACCUGAGGACUCACUCGGUGGGAAAACCUCACAAGUGUGGAUAUUGUGGCCGGAGCUAUAAACAACGCAGCUCUUUAGAAGAGCAUAAAGAACGUUGCCACAACUACUUGCAAACCAUGAGUCUCUCAGGCAGCCUGUAUCCUGUCAUAAAAGAGGAAACUCACCAGAGCGAAAUGCCUGAAGACUUGUGCAAGAUAGGGCCAGAGCGAUCCCUCGUGCUGGAUAGACUAGCAAGUAACGUCGCCAAACGUAAGAGCUCUAUGCCUCAGAAAUUUGUUGGUGAGAAGUGUCUGUCUGACCUUCCCUAUGAUGCCACCACCAAUUACGAGAAGGAGAAUGAGAUGAUGCAGACUCAUGUUAUAGACCAGGCCAUUAACAAUGCCAUUAGCUACCUAGGAGCAGAGUCUUUGCGCCCACUUGUGCAGACACCACCAGGCAGCUCUGAAGUUGUGCCCGUCAUCAGCUCUAUGUAUCAACUCCACAAGCCCCUUGGGGACAAUCAGGCUCGUUCCAACCAUACAGCUCAAGACAGCGCAGUAGAAAACUUGUUGUUGCUUUCCAAAGCAAAAUCUAUCUCUUCUGAAAGGGAUGCCUCCCCCAGCAACAGCUGCCAAGACUCAACAGACACCGAGAGCAAUAAUGAUGAACGUAGUGGUUUAAUUUACCUGACGAAUCACAUAGGUCCUCAUGCCAGAAACGGCUUAUCUAUCAAGGAGGAGCAGAGGCAAUAUGACAUCCUGAGGGCAGGUACUGACAAUUCCCAGGAUGGGUUCAAAGUGAUCAGCAGCAGCGGGGAACAAGUGAAAGUUUACAAGUGUGAACACUGUAGAGUCCUUUUCUUGGAUCAUGUCAUGUACACCAUCCAUAUGGGCUGUCACGGCUUCCGCGAUCCCUUCGAAUGCAACAUGUGUGGCUACCACAGCCAGGACAGGUAUGAGUUCUCUUCCCACAUAACCCGUGGGGAGCACCGUUUCCACAUGAGUUAAAACUCCCCCUGGACAGAUACAGCCUUGACAGACAUAUUCCUGGAGACGUGUGAGCAACACAAGUGCAAGGCACAAAUCUAUUGGACAGUAACAGCAAAUGAGACCUGCCCCCCCAGCAACUUCACACCUCUCAGUAGCAUGCAUCAAAACUCAGUUUUAUAAAAUGAGUAUUGACGUUUUUAUUUCAAUUCUUUGGAUCACCAAAAAACCCUUAGUAAUGUAAGUAGGCGCUUUUUAUAGUCAGGUAGCUGAAGCCCUUUCCCUUUAACUGUUGCUUCUUGCAAACGUCCCUUGCCAAAACAGCUAACCUUGUGCACAGUGCACAGAAAUCUAGAUGAGAGCUAGAAUUGGCUUAACUCUUUCAGUGUUACUGUGCUAGAUAGUAAGAAUAGGGUUCUUGCUACAGCAAAUAUGGAUUUUUUUGAUUUCCCACUAUUAUUUGGCUCACUGGGAAGAGUUCAGUAGGGGCCCAGCCAGGCUUAUAGCGUGGCACCAGUGAUACUCUAGAAUAGGUUGAGGGUGAAAUCUGAGUUCAUAGGGUAUUGCUACUGUAGCAGCAUUGUAAAAUAAGACAGCAUACCUGCUAAGGUGUGUAUUAUAUUGCCUUGUUUAUAUUCUGAGGCACAAGACCAGGUGUUGCAAGGAUGUGAGAAAUGCCCUUGUAAUACACCCCCUGGAGUGGGAGCUGCAUCUGUGCAUAGCAAGGGGUUUUGUUGCCUUUUAAAAAUUAAUGUUGCCCCUCCCUAUCCAACAAAAACCUCGCUUUUCCUUAACAACAUAAAGAUUAGAAACCUCUCUGCAUAACAAACAAGGACAAUUUAUGGGAAUUUUUUUAAAGUACGUUUUAAUUAUUUUUUUUAAAGUACAGGAUAGCAGGAGAGAGAACUAACUAGAAAAAGGUUUGGAGACUAGUUUUUUAUGAAACUUUCAUUUUGAGGGCAGCAUUUUUACAACUGGCUGGAAGAAUCUCUGCCUAUACCUGUUUUGCAUAUGAAAAAUGCCUAUUCUGUUUGCAGUGAGUCUUGUAAAAGUUAUGGGUUGUACUAGGGAAAUUUUGCCCCAACACUUUUUUUACAGGGGUACAAUGAAUUAAGCCAUUCCAAAAUGAGUGGCCCUCUCCCUUUUCACUGAAACUAACUAUUCAAUAAGGGCCGUAUCCCCUAACCCUCUUCCAGAACCAUGCCUCAGUAUGUGCCUAACUAAGCAUGGGAGGAGGCCACCUUAACGCAAGUGGACUCCUCUGAUUUUUGAGUUAGUAGGUGUGUAGGCACUCUGAGAGGGCAGAGUAUUUAUCAGGAUCAAGAACUGCAAAAUCCAACUCAUAGAAUCCCUUGGCAAGCUUUCCCCAAAUCAGAAUUUCAGUUGUGUUAACAUGAAAAUCCAUAUAUAAAGAACAAAGAUACUGUCCUGUCUCCCCCCCUCCCCAUAGUUCCUCUUCCAAAUAAUGCAUUCCUCUCCCCUGGUUUUAAGAUUGGGCAACUGUGAGAUGUAUGCAAUUGGGCUGAGAAUCUCAUCAGAGCUGGAAUAUUUCCUCACUAAACAACAUCAUGUAAACAACAAAACCGUAUUUUAAAAGGCUUGCAAUACACUUAUGCCUGUUUCCUCCCUCUCUACACACAUAAAAACAUGCAUGGACACAAAUUCAAAUUGGAACUGAGUCUCUCUCUCCACCAAGGAUAAAUUGAUCCAAGCAUAUAUACAUCCGCUCUAUAAACACACUGUUCCUUGUUCUGCCUUUGCUUAUGCAGGUGUAAAUUAGGAGCAACUCCACUGAAACUUCUGGAGAUUAAACUCAAGACAUGCACUUCACACUUCAUCCUUCCUAGUUCAGUACCCAGCAUAUGUUCAUCUGAUAUUCACAUUGUAAAAGGCAGGCUCCAUGGAUAGUGAUAGAUACAUAUUCACAUUGUUUCAGUGUACAAGAAUGCAGUGUAGAAACCUACGCACACCUACACUGUUGGGGAAAAAAUGCUAAUAUCUGUCAUACUGCAGAAAAGAUAUCAAAAAAGAGAUAGUAGUACAGACAAUAUCCCCAGCUGUGAUCACUGUACUAGUAUAAUUGCACUGACUGAAGAGCUAUGCCUGGGUAGAGAAUGGCCCUGUAUAUCAGAGAUUUCCCAAAACUUUUGAGUCUAAUCAGAGAUUUCCUCACUGAGCCUGUUUUUGACAAACUCAAUGAGAGUGAAACAAUAUAGUUCAACCAGCCUUAUAGGAAAGUUCUGAUAUAAAACUAAAAGGGAGGACAGAAAUAAGUUACACUAAUAUGAUUAAUUAAGAGUCUAUGCUCUUUUUCUUUUUUAAACCCCCAGAUUUUGACAGGAUCUCAUUCACCUGUCCUUUCCCUUUACACUUUCUAUACCUCUCAGAACCUGGGCCAUUUCACAGGCGACAGAAUUACGUCUGUGCCUAACAUCUUGCCCCUAACAAUACAGGUAGUUGAAUAAAAGAUAACAACAAAAAAAAUCUUUGUCCCUACAGGAUUACUUCAAGUUUAGCUUUUGCAACAACCCCCUUUUGCCAGCCUUUUUUAUUUCUUUCAUUCAAAACAGCUCAGGCAGUAAGCAUAGUAGUUCAUUUUGGGUCAUUUCUUUACUAACAUGCAGUAUGAGUAAAGCUUGAUUUGUUACUGGGAUAAGCAGGCACAAGUCUGUGUCGAAUUUGGCCUUCCACAUGCUUGUAAAAGUUCUGUGAUUUCUGGCUUAUGAAAAGAUUUCUCUGCUUUUGUAUUUCUUAUGUGUGUGAGCUUGUCACCUUUUCAUAUGGACAUGCACAUGCAGCUGUUGCUGGUUGUGUGUUUUAUAUAAUACAACAAUAUCAAUCACAGCGAAGGUGUUUCUUGGCCUCUCCGAUUUCCCUAUUUAUAUUCUACAAUAAAUAACACAGGUUGUAUGUCAAGAUACAGUGUAUCAGAGGGAGUAGUCUAAAAGCAGGAGCAACAGCUUCUAGAAGGGGCUUUGGGUUUCAUACUUCUUGCACAGAAUCAGCCUCUGUUUGGAAAUAAAUAUAUUGAUAAUUUUAUUUAUUGGGAUAAACACGGGUGUGAAAAAAAACCUGCGUAGUAGGAGACCCUCUGUGUCUGAGAACAAAUUGUGCCCUUAGAAAACCAAUUGAGUGUAAUCGCUCUGAAAUACCACCCAGUAAUGGUUUACUGCUACCCAAAAAAGAGUGAACAAGUGGAAUGGCUUUAAGUUGGGAACUGUUAAAAGAAAAAUGUAAAUAACAUUAAGAACUGCUUUCCAGAUUCUCUUUCAACCCUUUCCCCUGAAACUGCCUUUUAUAUUCGAUAUAUAGAAAAGUGUAUUUACACCUUUUUUUGCUGUGAUUUUUAUAUUGUAACCCCAUUUUUGUUUGAGACCAUUGUAUUUAAAAAAAUCAAGUAAAUUUCAUAAGUUUUGAAGUGUAAUUAAAUGAUGUCUGCAGAGUUAGACAUAUCUUGUAAGAAAGAACUUGGUAAAAUUCUUCCCUGGAUGCUGGA